AUGCAACCAUUCUUCGUUCCGAACAUCUCCGACGAAAACGAUCCGAUCCAUUUCGAGUGCGACGACUCGUUCGACGCCAAUUCGGAGGUGCUCAAAUAUUUCGUUCAAUUUCUGUAUUUAUGCCUCGGCGCCUACCUCAACUCUGCCAUUCUCUACACACUUUUAAUCAAACAACGCGAGACCCUUCUGGCCAACUCGUUUUUCGUGCUUUUCGCGAUGGAUUCGGGCGUCGUACGUUUUUCGUUUGUCAAAAAUGUUGAAAUGUUUUAUUUGUUGCAGAGUCUGACGCUCAUCCUCACCGACGUUUGUUUCGCGCGUCUCUUCAUCUACUUCACGCCGCUGUGCCCGGCGCUGCGCGGCUACUUUGCCUCUCCGCUGCUCGCCUUCAAACUCGUCAUGAUCGUGAUCCACCACUCGAAGGUGUGCAAAUCGGUGCUGCAAUCGCUGCUCGUGCUCAACCGCAUGACGUGUGUCCUCGUGCCGAUCCGACACUCGGCCACGUGGCGCCGCUCGCUGCCCUAUCUCGUUCCGUUCGUCGUCCUCCUUCCGCUCACCGUCGACUGGAAUCUCGUCAUCUCGCGUGCGUACAUGAUGCCGACGUACGGAGGAUUUUGGGUGAAUUACAUUAAAAAAGUCGCCUGGGUUAGUUUCAUGGAUCGGAUGGCCUAGAAUCGGGUUUUUGAGUAUUUCUAGGCCACGCAGUCUCGAUUCCAACUCUUUUUCCUUCUGAUCGCCCUCGCUUUCACCGUCAUUUGCACUUCCGUCACUUUGUACACGCUCGUCAUGCUUCCCAAUCGACUCCGAGGCAUCGAACGGUCAAUUACCAUCGCCACUGCACUCAUUUCUGCCGCUUUCACUACGGUAGCUGUUUUUCCAGGUACGGGGGUGUAUUAAAGGUGGUGUCAACGUGACAUACAACAUAUUUUUAAAAUAAACUUCGAAGUGGGGCAUUCACUUUCCCGAAGUCCCGAAUUACGAAAAAAAUUCCCCGAUUUUUAAGAUUUUUUUCAAAAAAGUUAAUGGUACCGAGAGAAGUACACGGCGAAAUCGAAGAGCCGGCCUAGAUUUUUCUAGUCCCCGGAUGGAAUUCCCCUUUUUUUCGAUUUUUUUCUGUUUUCGUGCAAUUUUCUUAAAUUUUCAAUCGUUUUUUCACUGAGCACACAUAUUUGCAAUAUUUAAAAAAAUUUAUGAUUUUUUUUCUGUGCCGUGACGCCAAAAAAAUCGAUAAUCUGAAACUUUCAAAAAUUCAGCAAAAAUUCAGAAAUUCAGCCACUUUUUGUAAAAACUCUAUUUAUUUUUUUCAGCGCGCAAACCGAAGAUUGAGCGAAAAAAACCCGGAAAAAAACAACAAAAAAAGUUUCAGAUUAUCGAUUUUUUUGGCGUCACGGCACAGAUAAAAUUAUAAAUUUUUUUAAAUAUUGCAAAUAAGUGUGUUCAGUGGAAAAACGAUUGAAAAUUUAAGAAAAUUGCAUGAAAACGGAAAAAAUUCGGAAGAAAAGGGAAUUCCAUCCGGGGACUUGAAAAAUCUAGGCCGGCUCUUCCAUUUCGCCGUGUACUUCUCUCGGUACCAUUAACUUUUUUGAAAAAAAUCUUAAAAAUCGGGGAAUUUUUUUCGUAAUUCGGGACUUCGGGAAAGUGAAUGCCCCACUUCGAAGUUUAUUUUAAAAAUAUGUUGUAUGUCACGUUGGACACCACCUUUAAAUGAGUCUCAUCAUUUUUCAGAUCCUCUUCUCAUUCUUCUCCUACAACACGAUCGUCACUUCGAUAUUCGCCCUCAACAAUUUCGUCUACGAUUUUUUGAACGUCGGGUCGGUUGUGUUGCGCUCCCUUUAAACCUAGCGUAAUCUCCACAUUUUCAGAUCGCCAAUAGUAAUGCUCGGCGUCAGCAAAAGUGUUCGGCAAAGUGUUUUCAGUUGGAAAAAACGCGUGGAGCUCCGAAAUUCGCAGAUUUUUCCAGUCUCUGUCACCAGUACGAUAUAA